AUGGCAGAGAGAAGUAGAACUUUCCUUGAUCGCCAGCAAAACCUCCUCCGCCUCCUCCUUGCUUUCUUUUCCAUCAUCGGCGCCACCUCCUCCGACGGAACGGAGGUUCUCCGCCGCUAUGAGCGCGUUCGCUUCCGCUCAGAGCGCCUCUUGGCCUCCGUCUCCGCCGACGCCGCCCCUUCCCCACUCCCCUUGAGCUCCUCAUCUGCUUCCUCGCGUGUGUACCACGUGACCGACUACGGCGCUGAUCCGACGGGUAAAAUCGAUUCAACUGCUGCAAUUUUACGGGCACUUUCGGAUGCAUUCCGCCCGCCGUCCAAUCGCUCACUCAUCACCGGAAUUACCGACCUCGGCGGCGCCGAGCUCAAUCUGGACGGCGGGUCUUAUUUGAUUAGCAGCCCCAUCGCUCUUCCUUCCUCACCCGCCGGCAAUCUCAAGAUCCACAGCGGCUCCCUCCGAGCAUCCAACAACUUCCCAACAAAUCGAUAUCUGAUCGAGCUCUGGCCCUCCCAAUCCACCUCUUCUUACAACUACGAAUACAUCACACUCUCCUCCCUCAUGCUCGACGCCAACUACCGCGCCGGCGGCAUCGCCAUUGUCAACUCCCUACGCACCCUCAUCCAAUCCUGCUACAUCGUCCACUUCGCCUCCGACGGCAUCUGGGUCCAAGACGGCCACGAAACCCUCAUCUCCGCAUCCUUCCUCGGCCAACACAUCACUGCCGGGGCCGACCCCGGCGAACGCUCCUUCUCCGGCACCGCCAUCAGAAUCGAUGGGAAUGAUAACUCCAUCACCGACAUAGUCAUCUUCUCCGCCGCCGUCGGCAUCCAGAUCGCCGGCCAGGCUAAUAUUAUAACAGGCGUCCAUUGUUACAAUAAAGCUACAGGUUUUGGCGGGACCGGCAUCUAUUUGAAAUUGCCCGGUUUGACCCAAACCCGGAUCGUGAACUGUUACCUAGACUACACCGGCAUCGUCGCCGAAGAUCCGGUUCAGCUCUACGUGUCCGGUUCAUUUUUCUUGGGUGAUGCAAACGUCGUGCUCAAAUCGGUGAACGGAGUGAUCAAGGCCGUUGAUAUUGUGGAUAACAUGUUUGCCGGCGGCGGCGGAGUCGAUAUCGUGCGGCUGGAUGAGACCGGCGGGGCAUUUACGUCCAUUGAUCAGGUGGUGGUGAAGAGGAACAGUGUAAAUGGGAUGGCAGUGAGAUCAACGGCUGCGAGGGCCUCACUAAGAGCGAAUGGAACGAUCUGGACCAUUGAUUUCUCGCCAGUUUUAUUAUUCCCGAAUCGGAUUGAUCAUGUGCAAUAUGCGAUGAUAACCAGCUCAGGGUUUCCUAAUCAUGCUUUGAGAAAUGUGUCAGCGAAUCGAGUUGUGAUUGAGUCGGACGUGGCAGUGCAGGCGACAGUCCACGUGGAGGUGGAGCAGUGCCAGGGGAGCAUGGCUUGA